AUGGACGAAGCUAAGACUCGGGUGGCCAUUGUCGGCACUGGCAUGGCAGGCCUUGUGACCGCCCAUCUGCUUGCCCAAGACCCGCGCCAGCGGUAUCACAUCACCAUAUUUGAGAAGGUAUGUCGGCCUGCCUGCUUUCCACAGCGAGGGGGUUCUCUAUCUCUCGACUCGGCGUCCGUGACGUUGCGCGACGAGGACACCGGUGCCAUUGAGCGCGUGGAUCUGCCGAUGAGAGCGAUUGCCGGCGGCUACUACAACAAUACGCGCCGCAUGUAUGACUACCUUGGCAUUCGGUACCAUGCGCAACGGUUCCUGUUUGCAUUCUCUGAGCAGCGGCAUCACAAAGCUGGCCGAGAUGAGAUCGAGCCGCUAUCACCUCCAUACUUCAUUCACGCGUCGAACCUGCACCAGCUACCGCCGCGGCCGCCGGGAAUGGCGGUCGCCGAGCACGUGCUGCGGAUCUUGUUCGUCCUCGCUUGCUACGCAUGGCUCACGCUCUGUUGCUUCCUGGUCGAGCCGCGCCAUGACGAGUCCUUCGGGGAUUACGCCGGGCGCAUCUGGUUGCCGCGUAGCUUCGUCGAGAACUAUGCCCUGCCUCUCAUGGCCAGCGUGUCAACAUGCCCACAUGAAGAGCUUCUGCGUUUCCCAGCUAGCGACAUUGUCAACUAUAAGAAGAAGUCACACGGCUCCGAGCAUUACGUCGUGGUGGAUGGUGUGCGAGAAGUGCAGGCGAAGCUGGCAAAGGGCUUGCAUGCGUGCACCAACGCCCGAGUCGUGGCGGUUACGCCAACAGGACGCCAGGUAGAAGUGGCGUGGCAAUCGAGUGCCGGCGGCGACGACAGCCUAUCCACGGAGAGGUUUGACCGGGUCGUCCUAGCUGUGUCGCCCGAUGUGGUCGGCGGAAUAUUCGCGCCGUUGCGCGCCGCCAUGUCCAAGAUCCCCACGAUCGCCGUGGUCAACACGAUUCUGCAGCCGACAGGCGACAGAGCGAGACUGGCAAAGGUGGACGCGGAAACCGAGACGACGAUGGAAACAAGACAGCGUGGACGUCCGCAGGCCCAGCUGAUUACCCUCAACUCGAUGCGCGGAGCAGAGGCUCAGACCGAAGCACUUCAUCUGGUGGAUUGCGGCGCCGUGGUGGCCACUUGCCCGUUCGACACGGCCGACACGGCCCAGAUUCUGCACCGAUGGGAUUUCCCGCGUGUGCUGCGGACGACGGAAAGCAAACAAGUGGUGAACCAGCUGGUCGCGGGCAAGAGGCGGGCACCAGUGGUGGACGGGAAGCCUCAGUGGACGAACGGCACCGAUGGUGUCUGGCUCGUGGGCGGUUGGUGUUGGGACGGCAUGGUAGACGCGCCGGCGACAUGGAUGGGUCUCGGCGCUGUGCUGGCGCUGGUAGUUCAAGCCCUCUCGGCGGGUGCCUGGCGAAUCUUCAUCAAGCGGCGCGGCCCGGUCCAGAACGGCGACGCCAUGUACGGCCUCGACCACGGCAAGCUCAAUCUCGUCCUGCCGCCGCCGUCGAUGUGGAUGAACAUGGGCUUGUGGCAUGAUGUAGAGCCAGACGAUUUCGCCGGCGCCUGUCGGGCUUUGCUCUGUGCCUUGCUCGAGCAAGCGGGCCUGCUGGAGCCCAAUGACCACGGCAGCAACGACAAAAAGCCUCAGGAUCGCAGGAUACGACGAGACUUGAGGACUUUCUCGGUCCUAGAUGUCGGGUUUGGCUGUGGGGACCAGACGCUGGCCCUUUCGAACCUUGCCGCAGAUGCAGACCUGCGAUAUCUGGGGGUCACGCUCAACCAGGCACAGUUCACAUGCGCACGGCAGCGUGUGACAUCACGCCUGCACGAGCAUCACGACGUGUCACUGUUCCUCGGCGAUGCCGCGAAUCCCAAGUCAUGGCCGCCCGCCUGUCUGGAGAAAGCAGCAGCCAUCUCUGCCGGGUCCUCGGCGAAACACGUCGGGGGCGGCAAGUCCAGACAGAGCGCGACGAUCCUCCUUGCCCUCGACACCUUGUACCACUUCUCCCCGUCGCGCCUGCCGCUCCUCGCAUACGCAGCCAGGGACCUCCGGGCCGACCUGGCCGCCUUCGACAUCCUGCUCUCAGACACCGCCAGUACCUGGCAGACGCUCAAGCUGCGCGUCGUCGGCAGGCUGAGCGGGUGUCCCUGGACCGCGUUCAAGUCCGAGCGCGAGUACCGGCAGAUGCUCGUCGCCGCGGGCUACGCGGCGGACAGCAUCGUGGUGACAGAUGUCACGGAGCACGUCUUUGGUCCGCUGGCCAGGUACAUGGAUACCCAGCAGGUCCGGCUUGAGGGCGUCGGGCUGAAGAUGGGCUCGUUGCGGGUCGCGGGCUGCCUCUUCGGGUGGUGGGCUCGCAGCAGAGUGGUCAGGGGAGUCGUUGUCACGGCCAAAGCAUGA